AUACUGUUCCUCUUUUUAACGUAUAUUCAUAAAUAAGAAGAAUAUGUAAAUGUAUGGGAUUAUAAACGUACCUGCAUCACAUCGACCCUGUUUGAUUGCAUUUACAUUAAUAAAUUGAACACUGCCUACAAAAUAUUCUUGUCAGAUUAAAAAUUUAGGGUUAUAGCUGCUGUCAGAUAAGAAUAAAUCUGAAAUAAAUGUUGUAGAAGUUGGAAAGUAACGUUAUGUUUUGGAAAAAUUCGUUAUGAAUCAGCAAUUAUUUCAUUAAAAACAACUAUGUCCACUAAAGUAGAAUUUGCAGUUCAGAUGACAUGCGAUUCUUGCGUAAAAUCAGUAAAAAAGAGUCUGGAUGUUCCGGGUGUCAGUUCUGUGGAUGUUAAUUUAGAUACUAACACUGUCGUAGUCGAUUCCACACUCCGUACUGAAGAAAUUUUACAAAAACUACAAUCUACAGGAAGAAAGGCUGUCGUUAAAGGAUAUGCAGGGACAUCAGCUGCAGUUUGUGUUUUGGAAAUUGGUAGUGGUGUAGUUAAAGGGGUAGUUCGCUUCAUGCAGGUAGAUCCAAAUACCUGUAUUAUAGAUGGAACUAUUGACGGAUUAAAUCCAGGAAAACAUGGAUUGUUUGUUAAUGAAUGUGGAGAUAUAUCAAAUGGUUGCAAUAAUAUUGGAGAAUGUUUUAAUCCAAAGUUAAUAAAGGCAGGAGGAGAUGAGAGGAUUUAUGGUGAUUUAGGGAUUGUGGCAGCAGAGGAAGAUGGAAGAGCUUCAUUUCGCUUGGCUGAUUGUGUUGUUAAAGUCCCAGAAAUAAUAGGAAGAUCUUUGGUUGUAACAGAAUUACCAACUGGUGGUAAUAGAUUAGCUUGUGGUGUAAUUGCAAGAUCCUCUGGACUGUUUCAAAAUCCUAAGACAAUUUGUUCAUGUGAUGGCAUUACUAUUUGGGAUGAGAAAAACAGUCCAAAGUAAAUCUCCUAUUUAUAGCAAAAGAUAUUUUAUUGGAGCAAAUUAUGCAUUUAUUAAACUAUUGUACUAUAAAUUUAUUUGUAUCAAUUAAUGGUUGAAUAAAGACUAUUUUGAAACUGA